UGCUUUCGAUGCUUUUAUGUUUACAGAGAUUCCUUUGUUUCCUUCAUUGCAAGGAUUCAGUUGCUUACUAAACAAGCAAUGGCUUCAUUUUUUUCUAUUUCUAACAAACAGAGAUAUUAUUUUUAACACUCUGAUCAAAUUGUUAUUUCAUAGUACAGAGAGUUAGAGCUCCGUGAUCGAUGGAAAGUAGAAGUUGUAGCAAGAGAACACCAGGUUUCAGUGACUAUGGCUUCACUGAUAUUCUUCUUUCUUGGUCUCUUGAUGACAUUCUUAAUCAAAAUCUUUUCAAGGACAAUGUGAAAAAAAUUCCAAGUUCGUUUCAUUCUAGGAACCAGUAUUUUCGGUCAUAUGAUUUCCCUCUACUGGAAGAAACGCGAGCUCAACUGCAUUCAGGCAUGGAGAUUAUCUCAAGAUCACCUUUUGCUAAACUGGUUUCUAUAAAGAAAUCCAAGCCUCAUGGAAAAAAGUUGUAUGAACUUGAGAUUGAUCACUGGCAGAACAGCAGGAACCGCGGAAAGGAGCCUUACAAAACAUUGCCGGGGGAUAUUUUAGUUCUAGCAGAUGCCAAGCCUCAAACUGCUUCUGAUUUGCAAGUGGUCGGAAGGAUGUGGACUUUUGUAUCCGUCACAAAAAUAUCAGCGAAUGAGAAUGACAGUGGUACUACCAUUUCUUUUAAAAUCAAAGCCUCGAAGGACAUUGAAGUAGAUGAUCAGAAGAGUAAAUCAUUGUUUAUAAUUUUCUUGACGAAUAUAACUCCAAACAAAAGAAUAUGGAGCUCAUUGCAUAUGUCUCAGAAUUCAAAGAUUAUCAACAAAGUUUUAUGUAGUGGAACAAUGGUUGAGGAAAAUUGUGAACUAUGUUCUCAACACAAUGGAGGCGUCUAUGCUGAGAAAUUUGGUUCUAAUUUAUCAUCUACCUUGAAUGAUUCUCAAUCAAAGGCUGUGUUUGCUUGUCUUCGUAGGAUCAAUUGUGACCACAAGGCCAGCAUUGAGCUUAUAUGGGGACCCCCAGGCACGGGAAAAACUAGAACUGUUAGUAUGCUGCUCUUUACUCUCUUAAGACUGAAAUGCAGAACCCUUGUUUGUGCUCCAACAAAUGUUGCAAUUACAGAAGUGGCAUCGCGUGUGGUGAAGUUGGUGAAAGAAUCAUCUGAAGGAGAUGCUGGAAGAGCAACUCUGUUUCGUCCUUUGGGAGAUAUGCUCUUAUGUGGGAAUAAUGAGAGACUUAAGGUUGGUGCAGAACUUGAAGAGAUAUACUUGGACUACCGUAUUGAAAGGCUUGUCGAUUGCUUGGGACUGGUAACAGGUUGGAGACGUUGUUUCACUUCCAUGAGAGAAUUUUUAGAAGAUUGUGUUUCUCAGUAUCAAACUUUUCUGGAAAAUGAAUUGAUGGAGAGAAUUAACAGUAAUGAAAAUGAAAUCAAAGGGAAAAAAGGCAAGAAUAAAACUGAAGGCAGCAAGAGGGAGUGCAAGUCAUUUCUUCGAUUUGUGAGAGACAGAUUUAGUGAUAUUGCAUCUUCACUUAAAAAUUGCAUUAGAACCUUUUGCACACAUAUACCCAUUUCGGAAAAAAUUUUCCAAAACAUUUUAGGCCUUACUAGUUUACUUGAUUCUUUUGAAACUCUGCUUUUUCAAGGCAAUUUGGUUUCUGAAGAACUGAAGGAGCUUUUUUCACAUUCACUGGUAGUCGAAGUUGAAGAUUUGUCUGAGUCAAUUGUGGAUACAAAGUCCUUGUUGCGCACCAGAAGUAAAUGUCAUUUUGCUUUGAAAACUCUUUGGGUUUCCCUUAAUGAACUUGGCCUACCAAAAGCUGUAAACAAAAAAUCCUUAAAGGAUUUCUGUUUCAAAAAGGCUUCUUUGAUUUUUUGCACUGCUUCUAGUUCACAUUUGCUGCACAACAUGGUAAAGGAACCGCUGAGCUUUCUGGUUAUUGAUGAAGCGGCGCAGUUGAAAGAAAGUGAGUCAAUCAUGCCUAUGCAACUCCCUGGUAUAAAGCAUGCUGUUCUAAUCGGCGACGAACAACAAUUACCAGCAACAGUCGAAAGCAAUGUUUCUGACGAAGCUGGUUUUGGUAGAAGUUUAUUUGAAAGGUUGAGCUCAUUAGGACACCCAAAACACCUGCUCAAUACACAAUACAGAAUGCAUCCAUCAAUUAGCUCCUUUGCAAAUUCCUAUUUCUAUCAAAAUCAAAUCUUAGAUGGUCCAAAUGUUGAAAGAAAAGUCUACAAGAAACAGUAUUUACCAGGGAAAAUGUUUGGUUCCUAUUCAUUCAUUAAUGUAGUUGGUGGAAGAGAAGAGUUCGAUGAUAUUGGCCAUAGCCGUAGAAAUAUGGUUGAGGUAUCUGUAGUGCUGAAAAUACUGCAGAAAUUGUACAAAGCUUGCGCUCGCUCAAAACUGAAGCUCAGCAUUGGUAUUGUGUCACCCUAUAAUGCUCAAGUAUUUGCUAUUCAAGAAAAACUUGGACGUAAAUAUGAGAACAGAGAUGGAUUUUGUGUAAAAGUGAAGUCAAUUGAUGGGUUCCAGGGUGGGGAGGAGGACAUUAUAAUCAUAUCCACUGUAAGAUCAAACAGUGGCGGAUCGAUUGGGUUCAUGUCCAAGCCACAGAGGAUUAAUGUUGCGGUUACAAGGGCGAGGCAUUGUCUUUGGAUUUUGGGGAAUGAAAGAACCUUAACUAGAAGUGAAUCUGUUUGGGAAACCUUAGUCCUUGAUGCUAAGGAUCGUAAGUGUUUCUUUCAUGCUGAUGAAGAUAAAGAUUUGGCUAAAGCAAUAUUAGAGUUCAAGAGCGAAUCUGAUGAAUUGGAUGAAUUGCUUAACGUGGAAAGUAUACUUAUCAGAAAUCAGAGGUGGAAGGUUAUUUUUAGUGAUAAGUUCUUGAAAUCCUUUAAAAAACUGACGUCAUACAAGGCGAGAAAGUCUGUUAUCGACCUCCUUUUGAAGCUUUCUAGUGGCUGGAGACCUAAGAUAAAGAACAUAGACUCAAUUUGUGGAAGUUCUUUGCAUAUCUUUAAGAAAUUUAAGAUCAAUGGUCUCUUUAUUGUAUGCACAAUUGACAUAGUGAAGGAAUCGAGCUACAUCCAAGUUCUGAAGGUGUGGGAUAUAUUGCCUUCAGAGUAUGUCCAGAUAUUGGUAAAAUGUCUUGAUAAUAUGUUUGUCAAGUACACCGACAAAUAUAUUAAUCAUUGCAAAGAAAAAUGCCUUGAGGGGAAUUUGGAAGUGCCGAAGACUUGGGCAGCCUCUUCAGAUAUCAUACGGGAAAACACUCUUGCUAACAAUGAAAGUGGAAGUGACUCAAAUGGUGUUAUUUUUGAUGGUGAAAGUUGUUUUAAGAAGUUCUACACCUUAUCACUAGGAAUGGUGAACCACCUGCUUUCCGACUGUGAUGGUAGAGAAUUGGAUCUCCCGCUUGAAGUAACUGAUGAGCAAAUGGAGAUAAUCCUUUUUCCACGAAGCACCUUCGUUCUUGGUCGGUCUGGUACUGGGAAAACUAGAAUCUUGACCUUGAAAUUAUUGCAGAAAGAAAAGCUGUACCAUAUGCCAAUGGAAGGAUACAAAGGAGUUGGAAGUAGAGCACAAGAGCAUAUUGGCCAAAAAUCUGAGGUUGAAGAAGGUAUUGGAGAGAAUAAGAGGGCUAUCUUACGCCAACUUUUUGUUACAGGAAAUUCUAAAGAGUGUUUUGCUGUAAAGCAACAUAUUUCUCAUUUGAAAAGCUCCAACUUCUGUGAGAAGUUUUCAGCAGAAAACAGUUUAAUUGAUAUCAAUAACAUUGAUGAUGCAGCACAAUUCAAGAAUAUACCAGAUUCUUUUGUUGAUGUUUCACCUAUGUCAUACCCUCUCGUAUUAACAUUUCGUGAAUUCUUGAUGAUGCUAGACGCGACAUUGGGCAAUUCAUACGUCGAAAGGUUUGACGAUGUAACAAAAUUUUCUGAUGGCCAAAGUGAAGGUUUUAGAUCAGUUGCCUUACAAAACUUUCUGAGGACAAAGGAACUUAAUUGUGACAUGUUUAGCUCAUUUUACUGGCCACAUUUUGAUUCGAAGCUAACGAAGAAGCUAGAUUCUUCUAGAGUCUUCAAUGAGAUUAUAUGUCAUAUAAAAGGUGGCCUGCAAACCAUGGAGGUUGAUGAUGGUAAACUUAGUCGACAGAAUUAUGUUCAAUCGUCAGAAAGCAGGGUUUCCUCUUUAAGCAAGCGUGAUAAAGAGAAAAUUUAUGAUAUAUUUCAGAACUAUGAAAGAAUGAAGAAGGAGAAUUGUGAAUUUGAUUUGUCCGACCUUGUUAUUGAUCUUCAUCGUCGACUUAAAGCUGGAAAGUAUAAUGGUGACAUAGUGGAUUUUGUUUACAUCGAUGAGGUGCAGGAUCUUGCCAUGAGUCAUAUCAUGCUAUUUAAAUAUAUCUGCAGAAAUGUUAAAGAGGGUUUUGUAUUUUCGGGUGAUACAGCACAAACAGUUGCUAAGGGAAUAAACUUCAGAUUUCAAGACAUACGAUCUCUUUUCGACAAGAAGUUUGUAUACGAAUCAAGAAGCGAUGGACAUGAUCCAAGGAAAGAAAAAGAACAACACUCGGAAAUUUUCAAUUUGAGCCAGAACUUCUGUACACAUGCAGGCUUACUGAAGUUAGCUCAAAGCAUCAUUGACAUUUUAUACCAUUUCUUCCCUCACUCUAUUGAUGUUUCAAAACCUGAGGAUAGUCUUACACUUGGGGAACCUCCAGUUCUGCUUGCAUCUGGGAACAAUGAAAAUGCAAUCGUGACAAUAUUUGGUGACAAUGUAAAUGUUGGCUGGAAUCAAACUGGUUUUGGAGCAGAGCAGGUAAUACUUGUCCGUAAUGAUUAUGAUCGGAAGAAAAUUUCUAGCAAUACCGGAAAGCAAGCUCUUGUUCUAACAAUAGUAGAGAGCAAGGGACUUGAAUUUCAGGAUGUACUGCUGUACAACUUUUUUGGCUCAUCACCAGUGAAAUGUCAAUGGAAGGUGAUAUAUGAAUAUAUGAAAGAACAAGAUCUGCUUGAUUCCAUGUCAGGAGGGUCCAUUCCAAGCGUCUGUGAGGCAAAACACAAUGUCAUGUGUGCUGAACUGAAACAACUAUAUGCAGCAAUCACUUGCACAAGGCAAAGGUUAUGGAUUUGCGAGGAUAUAGAUGAGCUCUCUAUACCUAUCUUUGAUUAUUGGGAAAAAAAGUCACUUGUUCAAGUCAAACAAUUGGAUUAUUCAUUUGCACAUUCAAUGCAAGUUGCAAGCAGCUCAGAAGAGUGGAAGUCGCAAGGCAUUACGCUGUUUUAUAGGCAUAACUAUGAGAUGGCGACUCUGUGCUUUGAAAGAGCUAACGAUACUUAUUGGCAAGGUAGGUCUAAAGCUACUGGUCUUAAAGCUGCCGCGGACCAUACGCCCAAUUUGAUCCCUGAACAGGCUAAUAUGAUCCUCAGAGAAGCUGCUGUAAUAUUUGAAGGCAUAGGUGACCUAGAUUCUGCUGCUAGAUGUUUUUCUGAUUUGAAGGAGUAUGAAAGAGCAGGAAAUAUUUAUUUUAAAAAAAUUGGGGAAAGUGGUCUGGAAAAAGCUGGAGAAUGUUUUUGUUUGGCUGGACAGUAUGAGCUUGCAGCACAUGUUUAUGCCAAGGGAAAUUUUUACUCAAAAUGUCUAACUGCUUGCUCAAAAGGAAAACUUUUUGACAUUGGUCUUCAAUACAUCCAUUCCUGGAAACAGAAAGCCGAAAAAGAUAUUAAUCCAAUUAGGAGAAGCAAAGUAUUAAACAAAAUUGAACAAGACUUUCUAGAGAGUUGCGCUAUUCAGUAUCAUGAGCUCAAAGAUAAGAAAUCGAUGAUGAAAUUUGUCAACGCUUUUCAUUCUGUGGAGAUGAGACACAAAUUUUUGAAGUCUUUUAGACUCUUCGAUGAGCUUCAGUUGUUGGAUGGAUUGCAUAAUUUGGAAAGUAUACCUUUCAGAAGUCAAAGGUCGAAGCCAUUUUCUGAGCAUAAUAACACAACUAGGGGCUUCAACGAAGCUGGAGAAGACCAGCAACAAAAGUCUAACGCUACUGAGCUUGAAGCAGCUUUAGACAAUGUGCAGAGUUCAAAUCCUGAAGCCAUAGACAAGGGUGGUUUCGCUUCCAGAUGUAAUGUGAUGUAGAGUUAAGAUUUGAGAUUUUGUAUUUAUGUGUUUCUUUGAAACUGUCUAAUAUGUUUCAAUUGAAAAUGAUUUAUCUUGUGCUAUUCAUAAUUUGAUGUAUAAUGAAGGAUGGAUAAAGCUCUCAGUAAGGUUAUACCUUUGUAAUAUAUAUGGUUGGUCAUGCACUUAAUAUUUAUAGGCUUCAGUUUGGUA